CACUGUCCAAAGACUGCAUCCUUCCCCGGCCACUUUGGCGUCUCUCGCUCUCCGACCUCCAAUUUGCCAGAAAGAGUUAUCUUUUCUCCUUGCUCCUCGGGUUCAAUCUCGCCAUCGCCGCCCUCAACUGCUUCUUCAGCUUCUACUUCCUCUUCCCAUGCGCCCUCGUCUACGCAUAGGAGUAUUAUCCGAAAUCGUUCUGUAACUAGAACUAAUAAAGAGGAAAAUCAAAGGCUUGCUGGUUUACAAAAUAGCCUUGAAAAUGAAGUACGACGUUUGCGCGACCAACUUGUCAAAGCGGAUCUUGACGGUAUUGGCUAUUUAUCAUGUCCUCGAGGUGAGACUCAAGCAUCACCCUUGGCUCCUGUCCCACCUGUUUCGACAUCGUACAGACCCUUUGACUUUUACCCACAUAAUCGUGCCAGACAGCAAAAUCAGACUUCUCAGCAGUGCGAUGACUCUGCCUCUUAUAGCUGUUCACAGGCCGUUCCUGAUGGGACAGGAAGGCAGCGAGGCAUUCAAUGUUCUCCUCAUCUGCCAAUUUUGUCUUCUUCCAAAUUGCCAGCUUAUUCUUCUCCAUCCUCGUCUCCAUGCCCUGUACCGUUGAUCAAGCACCGCUCUCACGUGAACGAUUUUGGCAAUCAUGUUUAUCCGAAUCACGCUUUUUCUUCUCCUAGCGAAGCUAUACAUCAUGCUAGUUUGGGCCCGCAUGACUCUAGCAAAUAUAACCAGACAUCCGCUCAUGAAUCCAUUUUAAUCAAAUCCGACAGGAUUUCGCCUCAUAGAAAAGGAAGGAUAAAGACCCAAGUAGAAAAUUCUUUGAUAAAUCGAUUAGCAGCAGACAAUCUUACACCUUGUAUCGAAUCAACUACACAUUAUGCUGAUCAGCUUAAUCGAAUACAUGCACUUGAAGGAACGCUUCAAGAGCAAGUUAAUUCCAAGAAUAGUAUUUUGCCCUCAAGCACUACGUUUGGUACCUUCCUCAAAACAUCAGCAUGUAGCUCUCAACAUCCUACUUCUGGUCCUCCUCGUGUCCCGUGUAUGGAUGAACGUAGACGCUGCCUAGUAGAUACACCUUUUGUAAAUGGUACCUUCUAUACCCUGAAUCCCCCAGACUUUUCUCAAGUCAGGGAUCCACACCUCUUCGAAGACGCCUCUGGAUUACCCAAGGUUUUACCCGCAUCCAAAUCAUUGGCACCUAAUGUUCGAGCUUAUCCUCGCAUCAACCAAGCACUUAAUGGACAAGCCGAUGAGGGGUACUAUGCAGACGAUAUGCUAUACUGGAAUGGGGAGGUUUUCCAUCCUCAGCGUGAGCCAUUAGCCAGCUCUCAUCCACCUUCUUCGGCUACUCUGCCCAAAUCCAUCUUACGCCAUCGUACUCAGCCCUUAGAUGGACUUUCUGAGCGCCUUCUGAGAUAUUCACCCUCAACCCAAACGAAUCAACUUAAGCCUGUUAAACGACGCAGCCAUACUCGUCGUUCUCUCGGAUAUCUGGACGGUAGGGAGAAGGAUGAGUCUGAAGAGAGUUCCAGACUUAUGAAUAGCAUAUCUAUGGUUAAUUCACUUGCUUCUUGCCCCGGAGCACCUGGUUCCUUGUUAUCGUUGGCUGAUGCUUCUCCCCAAUCUCAUACUUACCGGCAUGUAUCUAGAUCUCUUCAUCAGACGAAGCAAGAACAGUCACGCCUGCUUUACGGCUCUUUGGACAGGCGGAGGUCUGCCUCUCGCCCCGAAUUGACUCCCACUUUUGAACCGACCCCUCAUAAGAACUUUGAUGCCCUGACUGGAAAAUCUAAACAAUUCUUUCACACUAAUGGGUCAAAUGUCAACUUACAUGCUUGUACCAACUGUGGUGGUAGCGGUCUCACUGUUUUAUCAAGUCUUCCAAUUGAUCCUACUGGUCAACAGGGUCAAUAUGCUGAUUUCAACCCGUCUCCUCUGAUUCGACCUAACCCUCCUGACGUCCUAAGUCGAUUUGGUGGGGCAGGACAACUUAGGUCAGAACGAAAAAUUAGGUAA